AUGGUGGAGAAGUAUCGCGCCGUGAUCGAUCGGAACCAACCGAGGUCAUCUACCAUCCUCUCGGAUGAUUUGGAUCUGAUAGUUGGACGUAUUGUCUUUGGCGGUUCGGGCCAUUUGUACGGGCGGGGCAUAGAGGAGGACAAGAGAGCGCUCUUUUAUCCCUUUGAGAGGAUCGAUAGACCCGACGCAAAGACCCUGCGUGGUGGGAUUGUGAUUCUUCACAGUUUGCAGGACAUGAUGUUGCCGGCGGAGCACAGUGAGAGAUUCGUUGCGAAGGCGAGGGAGGUCUUCAAGGGGAAGCCGGGUGGUGAUAGGAUUUCUGACGCCCAGGGAAGGGGAUCGUGGGUUUGA